UUUUUCUAUCGAAACGUAUAAAAUCAUAGCAAAUCAUCAAAAGUUAGGGUUGUGGUUUAGAAAUAGGAAGUAUUCAAUGUGUGUGUAAAUAGGAAGUAUUCAAUGUCAAAAAGCAAUUUUCCUUCAAAUAAAUUCUCAAAAGUUAGGGUUGUGGUUUAGAAAUUUUUGAACGAGUACCCUCCAAAUCAUCUUCGUUCUACGUUUGUUCUUUCAAUUCCUGAAUUCACCAUGAGUAGGUCAGGGCAGCCACCAGAUUUGAAGAAGUACAUGGACAAACAGCUUCAAAUCAAGCUGAAUGCAAAUCGCAUGAUUGUUGGUACUCUCCGUGGCUUCGACCAAUUUAUGAAUUUGGUUGUUGACAAUACUGUGGAGGUGAAUGGCAAUGAGAAAAAUGACAUAGGGAUGGUGGUGAUCAGAGGAAAUAGUGUGGUCACUGUAGAAGCGCUUGAACCAGUGAACAGAAGCAUCUAAUAUCUGUUUAUUGUAAACAUUUAUAAGUAAAUUUCAAGGUUUCAACAGAAACCGCUUAGGUGCUGGGAGUAAAAUGUAAUUGUGGGUUGUAAUAUGGUCAUCUUAGCGAGAAAUCUGAGGUUCUUUUCUGGUUGGUUUGUGAGUGCUGGAUGCAUUUAGGGUUGUAGUGGAUGGUAAUGGCUUAACUAAAAUGAUGUUAAUGCAUGUCCUUUUUAGUUUUUAGUUGAAAUCACAUUUCUCUAUUGCAUGAUAUAACAGUUAUCACAUUCUUUCUGUGCUCUUUAAUCGAUAAUUGUAGCUGUUGAUGGAGCUAUAACAGUUUACACUUCUAA